CGCCCGCCGAGCGGGCCCGCGCUGCGCGUCCACGGGGAGGCCGCGGGCAGGAGGCCCCCCAUGCCGCCGCAGAAGAGCGCGGGCGAUGGGCAGGUGGCUUUCCACGCGGCCUUCACGGCGCCGAACGGUCCGCUCUCGUUUGUGAGCGCCGAGUCGGCGUGCUGCGUCGUCGGCGCGAGCGUCUGCCUGUGGAACCUGCGGACCGGCGAGAAGGACUACCUGUACACCACCGCGUACAGCAUCACGAAGGUGUGCGGCAACCCGGCGAGGAGUUUGCUGGCGUUCUGCGAGGGGGGCACGUCUCCGCAGGUGUUCGUCUAUUCGGUGAAGCCGAAGCCCAAGCUGCUGUACACCCUGUCGGACGUGACGGAGCUGGAGCUCGCGGAUAUGUGCUUCAGCACCUGCGGGUCCCGACUGUACGUGAUGUCGAAGGCGACGUCGAAGCGCCUGAGCGUCUUCUCCACGGAGCGGGGCGAGAAGCUGAAGGGCUGCGACUUGAAGCUCCCCAUGCGCUUCGACAAGAUCUCCGUCUACCCCGGCCACAAGGACUUCUUGGCCGUGGUGCGGACUUCCAGCAUCCGGCUGGUCACCAUCCAGAAGUCGUACCAGACGUACAUCGCCAAUCUCCACCCCCCGGCCCUGCCUCCAGACGCGGACGCCGCCAUCUCGGCCUUCGCCUGGGCGACCAGCGGGCACCUGUUCUUCGCGACCAGGCAGGGCCUGCUCUGCACGAUGGAGUGCAAGACCGGGACCAUAGUGCACGUCUGCUCGGUCCAGCAGCCCAUUGUGAGCAUCGCGGUGACGGCGCAGGGCAUCAUCACGGCGCACGUCGGCAGCGCAGUGCGCUUCUGGUGCGACCGGCUCGAGUCGCUGGGCACCGAGGCGGUCGGCAGCUUGUCGGGGGCGCCCGCGAUCGAGGAGUGCCCCGAGCUGUUCGAGCUGCUCCAUUCGGUGGACCUGGAGGCCGCCGCCCAGAUGCAGCGGCCCGAGCGGUCGCCCAACGGGCAGAUUACGCACCUCCAGGUGAUGCCAGACUGGUCUGGCGCCGUGAUGAUGACCGCCGAGGGGGAGCUCUGGUCGCUGCAGAUACCCUUCAAGCCCGCGGGCAGCUUCGGCAUGGACGACGCAGAGGAGGAGGCGUCGUUCACUGUAGACGACAUGAAGCUGAAGCAGCUGACGUGGUUCCACACGCACGCGGUGACUGACGUCGUCAUGCUGGGCGCCAGCGGGCGCCUCUGCGCCAGCGGCGACGAGGGCGGGCGCCUCCGCGUGUGGCAGGUCUCCCGCGGGUCGGACCCCAAGGGCUUCCGCAUGCUGACCUUCGCGUCGGCGGUCACGAGCCUCGCCUCGGACGCGACGGGCGAGCUGCUGGUGGUGGGCACGGAUUCCGGGUGCGUGCACGUGGUGAGCUGUGGCCAGUGGAAGAGCACGCAGGUGCUCGACACGCUGCGCGUCAGCAGCGCGGGCGUCGCCCGCAUCUGCAGCGUGACCUUCGAGGGCAGGUGCAUGUGCGUGGCUGCCGUGCUGAUGAACCACAAGGUCGCCUUCAUGACGGUCCCGUUGGCGGACCCGAAGGUGGUGAUGAUCGGCCUCACCGACGUCGGCGGCUCGGUCGAGGACGCCUGCUUCCAGGACCUCUCCAACCCUGGCGAUCCUUCGGCGCUCAGGCUGCUGGCCGUCGGCACCAGCAGCGACGGCAGCUCCGGCUGCCUCUGGGCGCUGCGUGCACCCCCCCUGGACCAUGAGCCGACCGCCGCGGAGCUGAAGAGGGAGGUCUGUCCGCUGUGGUGCGCGAAGGUGGGCGACGGCGCGGCCGCCGCGGGGAUCCCGACGGCAGUGGCGUCCGUGACCGACAAGACCGCGGCCGUGGGCUUCGCAGACGGGGCUAUCCGGCUCUACUCCGCGCCGCAGUCCACGGCCGCGCCCUCCGCGAGGCCCGCCCUGCCCGACGGGGAGCCUCUGCCUGCAGCGCUCGGCCUCGGGGGGCCCGAUCGCGGGGCCUCGGGGCCGCUGGAGGAGGCGGCUUUUGGGAGGGGGGCAGACAAAGUGAGAGUGCUCGGUCUCCGCAAUUGUGACGUGAAGGUCCUCUCGGCUACCAUGAACGCCGCCCUUCGCCCCAUCCUUGCACGCGUCGCCCCGCCCUGUCAGAGAGGCUUCGUUCCUGGGAGGAAUUUUGGUCUGAACAUCUUGGAACUGGACGUAUCGAGUCGUCAGCUCUCGUGCACGCCGCAUGGCUCUCGGGACCUGCCCAUCCUUUAUAGCCUGGACUACGGCCAGGCCUUCCCCUCUCUGAACCAGGAGUUCGUGCUGUUUAUUCUUGGGGCGCUGCGUCUUCCUGAGGCCAUCUUGAAGUUCGUGGGGUUCCUCUAUGAGGCCAUCGAGGGUGUUGCGGUCUCCAUGGGGCUCCGUGUUCACCUGUACUGGGUCCGCAGUGGGAUCAUUCAGGGGUGUGCCCUCUCUGGCUCUCUUUAUGCUAUUGCAUCGUCCACGUUCUUGUACCACCUCGUGCGCGUGAUCGAAGAGACGGGCCGCGGGCUCGUGCGUGCGUGUGCCGACGACAUCGGUGGCACGUUGGUGAGCAUAGAGGACUUGGCCUGGGUCGCCCUCGUGAUGAGGGAGGCGGAGUUGGUCGCGAAGCUUGUUCUGAAGAUUCAGAAGUGCCAUAUUGUGCCUCUGUCAGCCUCAUUUAGUCCUGCUCUCGCUUCGGAAGCUCUUGGGAGGCUCUCUCGUACGGUGCCCCACUGGUCCGCCAUGAAGAUCGUUUCGGAGCUACUGUACCUUGGGAUAUGGUUGGGGCCCUCUGUGGACUCUAUGAAGCCCUGGAUCGACCCACUUGCAAAGGCGCGGCUGCGGGCUCGAGCAGUCGGACGAGGCGUCACCCCUGCUAGCCUCUCUUCCAUCAUCUACAAUACUCGUACUGUCAGCACACUCUCUUAUGUCAGCCAGUUCUUUUGGAUGCCACGAGCCGUCCUCGCAUGCGAGCUGGGUGUACUUGCACAGGUCUUUCGUGUUGCGCUGGGCACCUUCCCGCUGAGCGCCUGGGUGCAGAUGGACCGCUGGCGUGGCCCGCGGGCCCUGAGCUGGGCUCACCUCAACAUGGCGUCCCUGCUGCGGGCGGCCGCCCACACCUUUCCCGAGCACCAGAGGCUGCUGGACGACUUGCGGACCCACGCGUGUGCGCUCGCGGACUCCAGGACGCUUUACAUGAUCGGCUCUGGUGCCCUAUACCCUGGCUUCUGGCGGAGCCCUGCUAUUGUGGAGAACCUCGCUCUGGCCUUGGAUGGGCCCGCCCCCGCUGAACCGUGGGCAUCGCUUCUCCCACGUGCUCGUGAAGCGCUUGUCGGUGCUGCCGAGACCCCUCCUGGUGUCCGCUCCCGUCCCCAGCGAGCUGUCCAUCGUGCUCUUCGUGACCUGGCGGCAUCUGCCACGCCGCUGCACGUCUUCCUCCGCACGCGGCUGCAGAAGUUCUUCUUUCCACGACACGGUGCUCUCCUCGACCUGAUCGACUGGCAGCGAAUCUCAGCCACGCUCAAUAUGUGCCCCUGUUCGUGGGUGUGGGCAGCGCUGAGGACCUGGUGCGAUGGCUGGCUUACCUCGUCUCGCAUUCUCCACCCCGCUGGCAGGCGCGGCUGCGCCCUUGGGUGUCACAACUGCGCUGACUCGCUUCUUCACUACUCAAGAUGCGUGCGGAUGCAUGCUGCUCUACGUCGUGCCCUCGGGCAUGGCUUCCCUCUGGAGCUUGCUGAGAGAUGGGGCCUCGUGGCGCCCUCGACGGCCGCCUUCGGCUUCAUGGCCGCCGCGGUGAGCAUGUACAACACGAUCCGUCUGAUCCCCGACUGGCCGAUCUCAGAGCAGGACGCGCUGAGUGCUGCACUGGCUGGAGUGAGUUGCCAGAUUCUCUCCUCGCGGCUGGAUCUGGUCGACGACUCCGUGGGGCACGUCGCCAUGCUCUCAGAUGCGGGCUCCCUCGACCCUGAUGGCUACCCCUUCGGCGCCGACCACCACGGGCGCUCCUCGGAUGGCGGCUCUCUCCUCACGGGUUGCCACGAGCCGCGCGUCCUCGGCCACUCCGCGGUCUCAGAGGCUAUGGCCUUCCUCUCCGCGUCCCGCGUCAUGGUCCCCCUCCCGCCCUGA